ACAAAGCGGAAGUAGUGAAAAAAUCUCCUCGCUGAUUUUUCAAGCUGUGUAGGGUCCAUUUGAGGGAGUAUUUCUGUAUCAAACUCACUUAUCGCAGCAGCGACGCCGAAACAUGGACAGAUAGUGUUUGUUUAAUUGGAUUUACGGACGUGGUCCUAAUAAAACAUAAUCCAUCACCAUCUGUGCCCAUCCUGGACUGUCACUCAGGACUCUGACACAUACAAACACAGACAAUCAACAGUUUUGCGUCUUGUGAAACACCAGAGUCCCUCCACUUUUCCCAUUGCCCCACCAGCAUGGCUAACAGCACUGCAACAGCAGUAAAGGUUCUGCCUCCUGGCCCUGCUGGCAGAAGUAGUCCAGAGGGAUCUCAGGUGCUCAGUAAGAAGAAGUUGCAGGACCUGGUGAGAGAGAUCGAUCCGAAUGAGCAGCUGGAUGAAGAUGUAGAGGAGAUGCUGCUACAAAUUGCAGAUGACUUUAUAGAGAGUGUAGUGACAGCGGCCUGCCAACUGGCACGCCAUCGCAAGUCCAACACCUUGGAGGUGAAGGAUGUUCAAUUACAUCUUGAGCGCCAUUGGAACAUGUGGAUUCCUGGUUAUGGCUCAGAUGAGAUCCGGCCGUUCAAAAAGGCGUGCACCACAGAGGCUCACAAACAGAGAAUGGCGCUGAUCCGCAAGACAACCAAAAAGUAGCAAGACUGUACACAAAUAUGUUGUACACCCUCUGUGUAUUGUCUUUUUUUGUUUGUUUUUUCCUUUUGGACUGUUUCUUUUUUUUUUUUUUUUUUUUUUUUUUUGGACUAAUGACAACGAAAAAGAUGGUUUGGGUGUUUUUGUUUUUAUGACAUUAGAUAGUGUUUCAUCAUCCCCUAACUUUUGAGUGUUUUGCCAGCACCGUCACACAGUAAUGUAAUUCUUGUCUGAUUCUGUUUUGUUGCCAUUAAGCUAAGCCUGGCAGAACUCUGUUCAUUGCAUUUUUAUCAAUAAACAUUUACUGGAAGACUUCUUUUGGAUUGUGACCACUGCUGUAUCAGGUUUACCUUUUGAUACUCGAGCAUUUGGAUGUGAAUGUUAUAGAUUCAUUUGCCUCCUUAAAAUUGAUAAUUGUUAUCUUGCCAAUAAUAGAUCAUCAUAGCUGUUGAGUAUGUAAGAGAUUAGGGCUCCCCUGUUUACCCGUUCUGCUCAGUGCUGUUGAUUCUAGGUUUUUUUUAAUAGAGGGUCUAUAAUACCAAAUUCCUACUGCAAAUGGUGGCCAGAAAUACAGUCAUUUGUUUUUCUCUGUUGUUGGACAUGUUUGCGCUGUUGGUGUAUUGUUACUGAAUGUAGUAGGUUUUAUUACAUUAAUACAUUUAUUUCAACUAUCCUUGGAAAUGUUAUUUUUACUUGUCUAUUUCAGCUAAUUGCAUCAAAAUAAUCUUAGAAGAAAUGAUCCCCAGAUGCUGACUUUUCACAAUGUCAAAUGGAAAAAAAAUUAAAUAAAUGACUGAUGUUGUCAAA